AUGGCGUCGCUUCUGCCUUUCUUCGGAUGGGCUGUUCUUCCCAAUUAUGCCACAUCUUUCCUGCAAUCUGUCUACUAUGGCAUAACAAUCCGUGCUGGUGAACCCAAGCCACUCCCUCAGACCCCGCGAUAUGAGCGCCAUCGUCGCCGUAUCUUCAUCUUUGUGAUCACCAGUUACCUCCUCUACACGCUCUACGAGACCUUCUACCAGGUACAGGUUGCAGGUGAUUACUACCAAGCUCUGGGUGUGUCACCAUUUGCCGAUGAGCGCGCAAUCAAGUCGCGAUUCCGCCGGCUCGCAGCUCAGUAUCACCCCGAUAAAGUCGGGCUGGACAGCGGGUCCGAUGCCUACUUCCUGUACCUUCGCCAGGCGCAGGAAACAUUGGUAGACCCGGUGAAGCGAUUUGCGUAUGACCGGUUCGGGACAGACAUGCUCGGUUGGGGAGAGCAGAAGACCAUGCGUGACUUCUUGAUGACUUCGUUGGUCAAGUCGAUUGUCCCGCAGUAUAUCGGCGGGUUUGUCACAACGCUUGUGCUUAACUGGUUGUGGUGGGCGAAUUGGGGCCGUUACUGGCGUUUCUACACGUUCGCCGCAAUGCUGACCCUCGAACUUGGCUUGAUUACGCACCCCCAAGCUGUGUUCAUGCCUACCUCAUACCUCCCCGUCGCGCUACAAGCCUGGCUCCCUAAAAACUCAUUCUACCUCCUCCCUUUCCAGAUCCUGACGCUAGCACGUCGCGCCUCCAUCAUGUUGCACAUUUUCAUCUCGCAGGCCGCCCCGCCCACCGCCAAAGUUGCCGGGAAUGGGAACGGCGAUAGGAUAUCGCCGCAGACUGUGCAGCGGAUUAGAGAGUUGAUCCAGUUGACACGCAGCACGGAUAUGGAGGCGACGCGGACGCUGCAGAUGGGUCUGGCACCUUUCCGCGGUGACCGUGAGAGUGUAUCAACACUCCGGCGGGGUAUGAAGGAAGGGCUGAUCCUCGGCGGGGUGCGGUCCAGUCCUGAGGUGCAACGUGCCGUGGCACAAGUGGUUGAACGACGCAAGGCUGAAGGUGACAGUAAGCGUGAUUGA